AUUGAAUAAUUCUCAAACAAUCUUGACAAUAAUGAAUAUAAUACAGUUAACUAGAGACAGUUUAUUUUAAUGAAUGUAUAUUCGAUGGGUCAGUGCUCCAAGGAAAUAGUCUUCGUUCUCAUUUUGAGAUUUCAUGCCAUCAUUAGCCUAUUUGAAAAUGGCUCUCAUUAUUUUUGUUUCAGGGAAAUUAUCUGUUAGUUUCUAGUCAAUUCUAUAUUUUUCAUUAUUCUAUUUUUUAGGUGUUUUUCAGAUUUUUUGAAAUCAUUAUUUUUUUAUGAUGCUGGAGGUGAGAGUUCAACGAUUUUAUUCAUGUGAUAAUUCAGGCAUUAUUUCGCUGGAAUUGGAGGGACAGUGAAUUUUGUUUAACGAGAUAUUUGUGUAGAAAAUAGAGGGAGUCGACUGAAUUUAUUCGAGAAUCUGUAAACGUCCAACGGAAUUCGCUGUUGAAACUUUUAGAUGAUUAAGCUAUACCUGGAAUUCUCUUAACGUUUAAAAUGUGUCAAUUGAAUUGAUAAAUAUUGAUUAAUGAGCAAUCGAAAGUCAAGAAUUUAUUGAGAGCAUUUCCUGAAUUCCUUUUCACUUGUUUUUUUUUUUCGCAGAUGUCAUAAAUAAAUAAAAACAUCAAAUUUCCAGCGCGUGAGAGCACAAGUGGUUCAGUUAAUUAUUUUCGUCAAUUAAAAUCAUGGAUUUUUCGAAUAUCCCGCCAAAAAUUGAUAAUAAGCCGCCAAAAUUGAAACUAGAAAAUUACUACAAACCUCGAUUGCUCAAGGAGGAAGCGAAACGAGUCCUUGCAAUCGAUACGGAGAACAUGGAGAUAUUAAAAAGAAUUCAUAUCAUCAACCAAACAAAAGGAGAAGUAGACUCUCGCAAUUCGAACAUCAGAGAUUACCCAGUCCCCAAUCGAAAAGCAACGCGUAUGAAACUCUACAAAGAAAAUAUUGAAAUGUAUAAAAAAAUAGUAGAGGUAGCUGCCACGUACUCGUUCAACGCUUUAAUGAAGGACUGGAAGAAGAAUAAACAAUUGAUGCAAAAAAUGCGAAGGCAUCCCUCUCCCCGAAAAAUGAGAAGACGACCCUCGACAGCGAUGGGGAGAAAAUCUCAAAUGCAAAAUGUAGAACUCACUCUCUCGACAAUUCCUCCCUCGAGACCUCGAUGUUUUUUUGAGAUGGAAAUACCCAGGACGAAUGAAAAACUUGGAAAAAUAAUUCUAGAACUGUAUGACGACGUCGUGCCGCAAACUUGCAAGAAUUUUUUAUCGUUUUGCGUGGGUUAUAAUGGAUUUACUUACAAAAAUACGCCAUUCCAUCGGAUAAUUAGAGGGUACAUGUGCCAGGGGGGAGACGUGACAAAAUUCAAUGGAACGGGGGGCACAUCCAUCUAUGGGGAUAAAUUUAAUGACGAGAAUUAUCAUCUCCGUCAUAAUGCUCCUGGAGUCCUCUCCAUGUCCCACGACGAAAAGAAUUUUAAUGAUUCGAAAUUCAAUCUGAGCUUCAGGAUGUUGACAACCCUAGAUGGAAAAAAUGUUGUGUUCGGAAGAGUUGUCAAAGGACUUGCCAAUAUUUACCGAAUCGAGGGGCAGGGAACGAGAGCUGGAAAACCCAUGGAGACGAUAAUAAUAUCAAACUGUGGGAUUUGUUGAGAUAAUAAAAAGAUCAGUGACUUCCAAGGACGUGAUACUUAUCUUUACAUCGAUCAAUCCUUACGGUAAUUAUCUAGCUGAUUUUUAACACUUUAUA